AUGCAUUUGGACUAGUAAAUGGAUUUUUAGAAACAAAACCACAUUUAAAGAUCUUUAUUGAAUAUAUAGGUCAAAAUGAUUUAAAAAGAAAUAUAAAUAUCAGAUAUCUCAGAAAUUAUAAUUUAGAUCUAAUAUAAAAUGGCAUUAAAGAAUAUUAAGACCUUUUUGAGGAAUUGA